CCCAACUCCCAGUAUGCCUCACGUCCGGCAUAGUUAACCACCUGAGAACCCCGGAGUUUUCUUUUAAGCAAAACGACCUCGCAUCGUCACAUUGAGAAGUUCAAGUGUGUGCGUCCAGUUUGAUAUAUUUGUAGACUCUUUUGACUUUCCGAAGCUCUACAAAUGAAAUAGCGAUGUCAAGAAAACAUUCAAAACACAAGCGAGAGAAGACUAAGUCUCCAUCGAAGAAAACAAAGCCUCAACAGCGCGGCCAUAAUGAAGAAAAAAUCAAGACUGAGCUGUUGUCACAUUGUAGUGGAGGAAGCCAGUUACCACAGCGAUCUUCCUUACCUCCUCGUAUAAGGAAAAAAAGAAAACUGAUCCGUCAGGAGGUAGAUGCUCCCACAACACUCAAACUCUCCAUGGAAGAACAGGCUGAAUCUUCCUGGCCUAGGUUAGUGUUGGGAGACAUUUCUACAUUUAAAAGAAGAAUUAGACUAUCAAAUUCAAAGGAAAAGCAUAAAGUCAGAUUGGAGAGAUGCAAGGAUCCUCCUGUUCAAAAUAUGUCUGCAUCAAAUCCUGAAAAAAUUGAGCAUAAAGCAAAGAGAAAGAAGAAACGCAGGAAGCGUUCACAUGAAGAAAAUAGAAGAGAAAAGCACCAAAGUUCAACUAUAAAACAGGCACCUGAUACAUAUGGCUCAAGACACAGUCCUGAUGAAUUACCGUGGUGUGAAAAAUGUAGGUCCUUUGAAUUUUGCAGACACGCACUUAAACGCAAAGCAAUGCCAUCAAUAGAGGAAGUGGACCUUGAGGUGUUGAAGGCAAAAGCAAGUGACUCUUCAUUUGAAUGCUUGCAAGCUGAUUUUAAAGAUUAUUUCAGCAAAGCAUAUUUGCAAAGAGCUGAAGGAGAACAUUGUGAGAAGGACAGAAAUGUGUACUCUAACAUAAAAUCUGCACACAGCAUGAGUGAACUCACUGUUUCAUAUGGUGAACAUAGACAUUUUACUAAAGAAAUUGAAAACAAAGAGCAAAAAACAUCCCUCCCACAGCUUCAUAAGGAAUCCAACUAUUCAGAUAUAAUGCACAACUGUAAGAAUUCAGGUAAAGAUCUAAGAAACUUUGAAGAACUAGAUAGCUCCAAGGAAAAAUCUAACAUCCUUGUGGAAUUACAUGCAAAGCCUGAUAGCGCUGGAAAAUCAUUUGAUGUGUGGAAAGUAACCAGUGCACCUUUGAAAGCUGUCAAAAAUACAGGAAAUCCUGGUGAAGGAUCGAAAAUUCUAGAAUCUCUUAUUUGGGAGAAGUGCAAUAAAAUAUCUAAUUGCUUGAGAGGACUCAGAAAGAAAUCUAAAAAAUUAAAGCAGGCCAGAAAUGAGUUCAACAUAGAAAGAGCAUCUUCUCAAUUGUCCAGAAACUCAGAAAAGCCCAGUGAUUAUUCCAAAUCCUCAGGGAUUGAAAAACCGAACAUUGUUUCUAAGGAACCAACAACCUCGCUAUCAUUUAGUAAAAAGUAUAGUCAGUCACUAAGGCCCUGUGAUGAUUCUAAAAACACCAAAUUGAUCCAUGAAGGUAAAGGAGUGUCGAGUGAUCCACGAAACCAUCACCUUGAAACCACGGAUUCAAACUUACCUCAGCAGUCUAGACCCUUUGAAAGAACUGAUGUGUCAACAUUAUCAUCAAGAAGCUCUGAAAAAACUGAGAAAUUUGAAACCCCAAAGCAAACUAAAAAGUUUCACAGUUUUAAAAUUCUUAACAAGGCCUAUGCUACUGAUGCCUUAUCACAGACUAUUUCUAAAAAGUUACUAAGUUCAAGUGCUGCUCAGUCGAAGAGUAACUCUUCAGACAAUGCUACAAAAGCUACUUCAAUACAGCAGGAUCAUGAGUUGUUCACACAUCAGCUGGAUUGUCAAAGAGUUAGUGCAUCUACUAGUGCAUCUACCACUUUACCAGAUCAUGUGGAGAUGGAUACUGAUCAAAAGAUGGAGAUAGCUGAAGAGCUGCAAACAGCUCGUUAUGAAAAAGUCUUAGAGGUGGAAUUGGGACAGAGCUAUGGAGAGCUGACAAGCAUGGAGAUAGAUCCGCCACAGGAAAUAAAAAUAUUAUUCUCAUCUGAAGCAAAUUCCCAGUCUGACAUUCUCCUUGUGCUUGAUACCAACAUCUUUAUCAGUCAUCUUAACUUUAUCAUGAAUUUAAAGGACCAUGGAGUUUCAGGUGUCAGUUUCCCAAUUAUAGUCAUUCCAUGGGUAGUUCUGCAGGAACUGGAUUCCUUAAAAAAUGGAAAGCUCUCCGGAGGUGUGAAUCGUAAAGCCAUACCUGCUGUACAGUUCAUUUAUUCCUGCUUCAAAAGUCGACACCCGCAUGUAUGGGGCCAGUCCAUGCAACAGGCAGCUCAAAAGUUCUGUGGCUUAAGGAAAGAAAACAACGAUGACCGUGUGUUGCAGUGUUGUUUGCAGUAUCAGCAGUUGUACCCUUGUGCACAGGUCCUCCUAUGCAGUGAUGAUAAAAACCUUUGCAGUAAAGCCCUGGUAAGUGGUGUCAAGGCUGUGAGGAAAGUUGAUCUCUUGACUGAAUUAAGUGACCUGAAAUCCACCAAUCAUGUCCCAAAUACUCAGGAUCUUAGUGCCUUCAAUCAACCUCAGACAGUAAUCAGUGUGAAAGAGUUGGAAAAUGGAACAGUUAAUCAGCAUCUGUUAGCACAAAAAUCAGCUUUGGAUGUUACUGGCAUCAUCUGUCAGUUAGAGAAAUCACUAGGCAUUGCACUGUCAGUCAUCUUAGAAACAGAAAUGAAAACAGUAUAUGAUGAUCUCUGGACAGAGAUACUGCUUGUGAAGCCUCCUUGGUCCUUAGAAGACAUAUUACUAUGUUUGAAGAAACACUGGUUUGCUGUAUUUGGCCUAAUUGUGAAAAGAAAUUUGCAGUCAUCUGUGGAGCUCUUAUGUGAUCAUUUUCAAGCAGAUAAGAGGCCAGAGUAUAAUCAGUUUACUCUUACCUGGAUGCUGCAAGAGUCCCAAAAACUGUUACAAGCCUUCAGCUCAAGAUCAGAUUAUGGUGGUGUUCUACCACACGCUUUGAUAGUCGUGGAUGAGUUGCUUAGUAAAGUUUCUGAGGAUGGCACCAAAAAUGAACUAACUUCAAAAUCUUCAGAGAAGUCAGAAGAGUCUUCUGAAAAGUUGGAAAUUUCAGCUGGGCCACCUUUGAAUCAUGAUUCAGGAAGAAAUGUAACUCUGUUUCCAUUCAACUGUAACAGUGGAUACUCCAUGUCACAGAUGGAAAACUCUCAAUGUGUGAGCAGAAGUCAACAAAUCUGGGCCACCUUUGAAAGCGUGUGGAAUAUAAUAAACAAAUACAGCUCAUUAAUUUUUGCAACCUUCAACCUUCCUCACAACUCAUUAGCUGUUGUAAUUGACAACAAGUUACCACUUCCUGAGGAAGCAUUUCAGAGCUUGCAGAGGUUGAUGCCUGCAGUAAAAGAACUGCUGGCAGGAAUUCAAAGAAUUUUGUCAUCUGAUAGCAAUGUUCAAGAUUUCCAGAAGCUCACAGAGAUUCUGCACAUCUUUCUAAAUAAUGAUGAGACAAAUAUUUAUGUUACUGGAAUCUCUGCGCAGGAUUUGCAUGAAUGCUUUACUCAUGAGGAGUACAGGAAGAGGCUUACGGUCGGUUACAGCCAGUUGGCUGAGUUAACCUACAGCUUGGAGCAAUGCAAUGCAGCACUGUGUCUCGAGGCCAGAAACAGAGGCUUAGUUUAACACUGCUCAAUCAUAUAGUAAAAUUUCUCCACAAACUGGAUUUAGUUAAUUAUGUUUUACUAAUGUUCAUCUCUUGUUGUGAGAAUGAUAAAAUUCUCUGUAUCAGAGGUAAAAGUGUAAAAGGUUUUGUGCAGGUGCUAUUUAAAUAAAGAAAACAAAUUAUAUACUGUUUAA